AUGAUCAGACCAAAGAUGCUGGACACGUCCCGGCUCGUCCGCAUCGCCAAGUUCCUCAUUCCGGCGCUGGUGAUCUUCUACUUCCUCUCGGACCUCAAGGAGAACGAGGUCCGCGACCGCUAUGCCGAGGUCCUGCGCAGCUUCAAGGACGAAAAGAAGCUGUUCAUGUCCGACCUGCUCGAAAAUGAGGUCGACGGCAGAUUCGAAGGCGGCGAGCUGGCCCGGCUCUGUGCCAGCAGGAAAUGGCACCCGGAGGAUAAGGGACUUGUCCUGACGUGCGCGCCCAUGCCGGGGGGCGUGGGCGAGGUCAAGAAUGGCCUUCUGCACUGUAUACGGUUUGCGAUUGAGAUAGGAGCGGAGCUCGUCCUCCCCCGAAUCACGCGCCGCUCCGCGGCCGACAUCUCCAACCUCCACGGCGAGCAGCAGGCCAAAGGCCAGCCGCUGGACUACAUGUUCUCGUCCGAGCACCUCCUCGCCUCCCUGCAGACGCACUGCCCGCAGAUGCGGGUCCACCGCUCCCUGGACGACCUGUACGACAAGCCGAGCCUGCUCAAGCCGCUGCCGGUGAGCCUGGGCAUGCUGACGGACGAGGUGGCGGUGCUCAACGGCACGCGCACGUCGGUCAUCGCGGAGCCGCAGAACAUCACGCGCUAUUUCGACGACUUCUACGAGCGCGAGCUGCCCCACGAGAAGCGCCACUACCCGGUGCGCGUCGACCUCCAGGAGACCAUCUUCGCGUGGCCGGCCCAUUAUGACGGUGAGGCCUUCCGCCGCGACUUCGGCCGCCUGCUGCGCGUGCGCGACGACGUCCGACUGCUCGCCGCCUCGGGCCUGUGGAACCUGGCCCGCCGCUUCAGCCUGCAGCUCGACCCGCGCCGCGGCAUCGGCCACAACCCGGCGCAGGACAAGAACCCGCGCUUCGUGGGCGCCCACCUGCGCACCGAGAAGGACGUUGCGCCGCCGGACGAGGCGCGUCUCUCGAGCGGCGUGCCACCCGGCCGCCCCGUCUUCCCCGGCUAUGACGUGCAGGCCGGCUACUACCUCGACUACCUGGCUUCCGUGGAGGCGGAGGGAAGGGUCGUGUACCUCGCGACAGGCCUGAAUGUCGAGGAUGCCGACGUGAAGCGCUUCACCGCACAGGCCGCUGAGCUCGGCGCCACGGUCGUCACCAAGCGGGACAUCCUGGCGCCCGGCGAGGUCGCCAUGCUCAACAACCGCCUGACCUGGGACCAGAGGGCGCUGGUCGACUACGAGAUCAUGCUGCGCGCUGGGUUCGUGCUGGGCGUCGUCGAGAGCAGCUUCGCGUGGAACCUGGCUAUGCGGAGGGGCAACGCGUACGGUGGCGGAGGCUAUGGUGUUGGUGCCGAGUAUGGCGGGUUCCUGGCCGUGCCGAGCACGAAUCCUGAUAGACCGGGGGUGAUGAUGUGGCAGGAUCGGUAUUCCAAGUUAUUCGGAGACUCGGACCGGGCGGUGAGUAUGUACUAUGGCAUCUGGCCAUGA